AGAGAGCGCCCUAGCCUGUAUAUUGUGGGGCACAUGCACAGUGUUACUUCCUUUGGAUCGCGGCUCCGCCGAUAGAAACACGAGUGUAUAUUUACUGUCCAUUUAUUUGGACUUAUUGACCUUCUUACACAGAUUACCACUCCGUUGGCAAACAUGAAACCAAUUUUACUUCAGGGCCACGAAAGGUCCAUUACACAACUGAAAUACAACAGAGAAGGAGACCUCAUCUUUUCCGUGGCCAAGGAUACGGUUACAAAUGUGUGGUACUCAGUCAACGGCGAACGUCUGGGUACCUACAAUGGCCACACGGGAGCUGUGUGGUGUGUCGACUGCGACUGGGACACCAAGAAUGUCUUGACGGGGUCAGCAGACAACAGCUGUCGGCUAUGGGAUUGCGAGACGGGUAAACAGUUGGCCUUGGUCAACACCAACUCUGCGGUUCGAACAUGUGGCUUUGACUUCAGCGGCAACAUCAUCAUGUUCUCCACGGACAAACAGAUGGGCUACCAGUGCUUCCUGAACUUCUUUGAUCUGCGGGAUCCCCAGCAAAUUGACGACAACCAGCCAUACCUGACCGUCCCUUGCAAUGACCACAAGAUCACCAGCGCCGUGUGGGGGCCACUUGGCGAAUUUGUCAUCGCUGGCCACGAGAACGGCGAGAUCAACCAAUUCAGUGCCAAGGCAGGGGACAUCCUGAAGACAAUUAAGGAGCACAACAAGCAGAUCAACGACAUCCAGACAUCAGUGGACCUUAGCAUGGUUAUCACGGCAUCCAAGGACAACACCGCCAAGCUCUUUGAUUCGGCCUCCCUGGACCACAUCAAGACCUUCAGGACUGAAAGACCUGUCAACUCGGCCUCCAUCUCGCCGAUCAUGGAUCACGUGGUGAUGGGUGGUGGUCAGGAGGCCAUGGAGGUGACCACUACCUCCACCAGGAUUGGCAAAUUUGAGGCCAGGUUCUUCCACGCCGCAUACGAAGAGGAGUUUGGAAGAGUUAAGGGACAUUUUGGACCCAUUAACUGUGUGUCGUUUCACCCGGAUGGCAAGAGUUAUAGCAGUGGAGGAGAAGACGGAUACGUGAGGAUUCAUUACUUUGACCCGCAGUACUUUGACUUUGAGCUGGAGGUGUGAAAAGCGCACACACACACUCAGCAUUUUUGAGACUUACAACAAGCGGGUGUCCAUUUUGAGUUGUGCCGGGUGGGCAUUCACAACUCCAACAAAGGUUCUUUAAAAAAAAAAAAACACUUUCUCGUGUUAAGAUUUGAAACCCCUCAUCACACACACACAUCUGUUUUUACUACAUUCAACUAAACAGUUCUGACUUAA